ACAUAUUUGCAGAUAUACGCAUAAAAUACAUACAAACAUACGUAAAUCAAGCCGACAAAGUGAUAAAAGUGUAAAUAGAAAGAAAGUCAAUAAAAAAUAUACAGAAAAAACAGUAAACAAGAAGUGUAACGGCGCAGAAAAAACAUUUGAAACCCCGAAUAUUCGUAAAGUAUAAUGAUAGACAUUAAAAAAGGCCGCAAUAGUUUUGAAAAAUUUCCAACAUUACAAGAAAAAUGUGAUAACACCGUCAUAUUAGCGCAGCGUCAACAACAGCAGCCGACCAAUUCCAGCUUGAAUAACUAUACGAGCGUACACAAGCCAAGAACAACAACAACAACUACAACAGCAACCGUGUUUACAACCACAACAAAAACGCGCGCACAUACAACAACAAAUCCAUUAAGUGUCAACGGCAAAGCGGAAACAAAAUUGCACAACGGCGUUGGUAGGCGUGCUGCAUCGGUGGGCAGCACGCGCAACACCAAACACAGCGACAACGCCAGAAGCAACAAUAACAACAACAACAACAGUAAGGCGCACAGCAGCGACGACACGAAUCCGGUGCGCGCCGCCAAUAAGCCAUUCUUUCUCGUACCGCAAUUUCAGGAUCAAAACUUUCUGAAGGAGGAAUGUGAAUUGGCGCAUGCGCAAGUGGCACCGAAACAGCAACAACAACAACAACAAGUUGCCACAGCCAAUGGUGACGGUGGUAAGAAUAGUGCGAACAACACCAACAACAAUAACACAAAAACUAACCAACAAGCGAGUGGCAACCACAGGCGCAACAGCGGAGACUCAAGCAAAAGCAAUAACAAUACCAGCAACAGCAACAAUCACAGCCAAAAAACCAACAACAACGCGUACGCCAUCAUUAACAGCAUACACGCGAGCAUUAGUAGUAGGCGAACAGCAACAGCAACAGCAACAACAGCGCCAGCAACAGCAACAGUGGCGGCGGUAACAGCGAAUGGUGUGCGACGCAGCGGCGGCGGUAGCGCCAACGCCAGCGUCAAUAUCAAUCAACAUCAUCACCAUCAUCACGUCAGUACAACAGCGGCAGCUGUGGCGACGACGAGUACAAACGGCAGCGCUGCCAACGCCGCCAGCGUCUCGGCGAAGAACGCCACAACCGGUACCACCGUCCACAAAGUCGACAUUGUCUUCAAUAAUCGCGCGCAAACGCAAGCCAGCUGUGGUGGGCGUUUCGUGACGUCGUCAAAAAGUGCGAAACCAACACAGCCACAUAAUACAUACAACGUGACGCGUCCGCUCACCGGCACCACAACAACCACGGGCGCGCCAACAACGAGCAGCACUGCAACGUUUGGCGGCGGUGUCAACGCGGCAGCCACAGCGACUAAGUUGAGCAACGGUCAAAGCAAAUUGGUGCGUCCGCUGGUGCAUCGCACCAUAUCAUCGACUGCGGUGGCGGCGGCGAAUGCGGCCGCUGCGCGCGACAACGUGAACGCCUACUCCAAUAAACUGUUCAACAGCUACGGCAGCAAUAGCAAUCGUCUUAGCAAUAAUAACAACAAUAAUAUUAACAAUAACGGUGUGAAUAUUGUGUGUAAUAUCAACAAUAGCAGCAAUAGCAACAACAAUAUCACGAGCAAUAACACCAACGGCGGCAGUGGCGCGAACGGUAUGCAACAUACGCUCGAUCACGACGAUAUCAAGUACAUCGAUAGUGAUGACGCGCCGACAACGGCAGCGAUAGCGGCGGCGCACGCCAGCGCUACUACGGUCACCACACCGUCGCGUGGCGGCGCACAGUUGGAGCGGAAAACGCAGUUGCGCUGUGAGCAGCUCUGUUGUCCGCAUACCAAUUGCGCGACGUCUACAACGGCAACGCUGACAGGUGCUGCUGCUGGCGGUGGCGUUGGCGUUGGCAGCGCGUCGCUCAAAACACGCAUGCGUCCCAAAUCGACGAUCAUCUGUUCCACCAGCAAUCUCGUCUUCGAGAAGAUCAACAAUUAUAAGUAUGCCAACGGUAGCGCCGGUGGCGGUAGCAGCGCGGCUAAAUUUGCCGCCGAAGCAGCGGCCGCGCGUCGCAACGAACUGCGGCACAGCAUUGACUCGAAUAGCAUAAGAGCGUCCAUUGAGAAGUUCGAUAGUUUCAGCGAGCAGAAGCGUGGCGCGCAGGUGACGCUACGUUCGCACGGCGGCGGCAGCGGUAGUACAAACAAUUUGCAACAUCAUCGUCAUAGUGGCAGUGAAUUUGAUCACGCCACCGGUAGCAGUAGUCUCUUGCGACUGGCGCAAAGCGGUGGCGGCUCUUUGACGCGUGCACCCUACCGCACAGUGUCGCCCGCACCGGCUACCGCCUGCAAAGUUACUGCCACAAUGCAUGCACCGACCUUGACGACCGGUUCGACUGGUGCCUCGGCGUCGUCCAUACGCAGCGGCGCAUGCAGUACAAAUAGUUUGCCAACGAAAAGUCUUGGCAGCGUUUUGGCUGCCACAACCAAUACAACUACCGUUACCGCCAUCAAUCGUCAUCAGGAGGCAACAGCUUUGCGUGCUACUGAGCGUGCUUCACCCAGCGCGCUGCUGCAUAAAGAUGUGGCGUCAACACCGUCAUCGUCCUCAUCAUCGCCACUGCUAAAGCAAGCCGAAAUGAAAUUGCCGAAUGGCGAUGUAAAGAAAUGCGCGAACGCGGAAACGAACGGCGUUUGUGAUGGCGCCGCCGCGGAUGUUGAAACUAUCCGCAGCACAGCACUACGGAGUAUCCCGCCAGCACCGCCAUCGCCGACCGCAUCACGUUACCGGGAUCGUGAUAGCCGUUUAACGUCGUCAUCGGUGCUAUCCUCAUCGCUGUCUAAUAACAUAGACGAUGCCAGCAAAUCGAAGGAUGAGAACGCAGAAGGUCUAUGUGGGCUAAGAAAUAUCGGAAAUACUUGUUUUAUGAACUCGGUCAUUCAGUGCCUGAGUCACACGAGCGAAUUGACAAAAUUCUUGCGUACACACAAUGGCAUACGCUCAACAUCGUCGAAGGAUCAACAAAUCCUACAAGAGUUUGCCAAGUUGAUACGCGAGAUGUGGACUAGCAAUGUACACAGCGUCACGCCGAUGGACCUGAAGCGCGCCUUUUCCUCCAAACAUCGCAUGUAUAGUGAUUACAACCAACAGGAUGCACAAGAGUUUCUGCGCUUCUUUCUCGAUUCGCUGCACAGUGCACUAAAUACGGGCGUGAAGGGGGAACACUUGAAAAUCGACGAUAACCUUAGCGACAAUAAAAAAGCCGAUCUAACGUGGGAAUGGUACACACGACACGAGAACUCACUCAUACGCGAUCUCUUCGUCGGCCAAUUGAAGAGCACACUACGUUGUACCACUUGUGGCAAUACGAGCGUCACAUUCGAUCCGUUUUGGGAUUUGAGCGUCUCGUUGCCAUCGUCAUCGCGCUGCAAGCUAGAAUCUUGCCUCGAUCUAUUCAUACGCGAAGAGGUGUUGGAUGGCGAUGAGAUGCCGACCUGUGCGAAAUGUCGCCAAAGGAGAAGGUGCACGAAAAGCUUCACUAUACAACGAUUUCCCAAAUAUUUGGUUAUACAUUUGAAGCGUUUCUCGGAGACUCGCUGGAGCAAGUUGUCGAACAUUGUCGAAUUUCCGACUGGUGAACGCGAAUUGAAUAUGGGUCCAUACGGUUCGAACCCUGGCACGAGCAUAUAUUAUUCGCUGUAUGCGAUUUCGAAUCAUAUGGGUUCCACAGCUGGUGGUCAUUAUGUGGCGUUGUGUAAACAUCCGGUCUCGAAAAAAUGGCAUGAAUUCAACGAUAAUGUUGUAAGCGACACGCUCUCCGAAAAUAAUCUAGUUUCAUCCAGUGCCUAUAUACUGUUCUAUGAGCGAGCGUAAGAACUAACUCACGCGUGUAAAGAAAUUAAAUGCAAACAUACUCACAUUAACACGCUUACACACACACACUCAUAGCCAAACUUGCAACUUAAGUCUUAUGUACAAAAAAAACAAAACAAAAAACCAACAAAAAAAGGAUACACCUACUAACAACAAAAUCUGUAACCUGUAGAAAAAUGGAGCUGGCUAUGAUGACAACUGCAACAAAGCUGCAUAAGACCACCAACAUGCCCGGCAACGGCAACGGCCAUGGCAAACCAAAUGCGAAAUUCUAUCGAAAUUAUGCGAACCAGUUCGGUUGAAGUGAAGUGGGACAAAUUGAGCAAGACACGUGAUUCAGCCAUUAAUUCGCAUUGUUUAUGCAACACGCUACCCACACGCUACUGCUACUUAACCCUAAUAUGACUACUCUCUUAUUUUUUACCUUAUACUAAUGGCCAUAUACGCAUACAUACAUACAUACCCAAAUGAUGAUUACUAAACCCAAAAACUCACAUAGUUACAUACAUACAUAUAGUAAAUUUCUAAAACUAUUUAUGCUGCUACCUAAAACUCUUGCUAAUUAACUACUAGCAAACACAAGAAACCAACUAAAAUAGCAAAUUAAAAAAAAUAAAAUAAAAAAAUGUAUCGAAAGAACAGUUAACGCCGUCUCCUACUACUACAACUACAACUACACACACUUGCAACUCCUAUUAUGCAGCGUGCAGCAUGCAACUUGCAACAUGUUUAGAAAGUGAGCAAAACAAAACAAAAGAUGCAAUUCACAAUAAGUCUAUUGGCGCACAACAACAACAAUGUGACGCUGAUUAUUUUUACACGCCAAAUUCUGUAAAUCUCUACAUGUAAAAAUGUACAAUUUUCGAUCGAGUCCAAAGAUAUGUACCAAUAUGUAUACAUAUGUGUGUAUAUAUAUGCAUACAUGCAUAACAUAGAUACUGUACUGCUUGUAUAAAUGUAAAAAGAGCCGAAAGCAACAAAAAUUUUAUGCCGUUGUAUUUAAAAGAUAUAUAUUUAAAAGAUAUGUUGAAGCAAGUGAUUAAAUCGAAUAACAGUGUGUAUAAGCGAUUUUUUCCAAAACGAAUCGUUUUGCUAUAUAUAUUUACAUGUAUAAAUAUAAAUUUGUUAUCAUUUUGCACGAUUUGUAUGUGUAAGUUAAGUGAGUGGGCGUUAAAGCCGCGAGUCGGGAGCCGAGUGCCGAGCGAGACGCUUAAGUUAUGUUAUUGGUUUUUUAAAAGAAGAAUUAUAUAUAUGUAUAUACAUAUAUUUUAAAGCCGACCCCUUCCUUUAUCAUACGAAAUGAAAGCAUAUAUGUGUAUGUAGCUGUUUUAUUUAUUAUUUUAUGUAAUGUUUGGCUUAAUAUUUUCGUAAAGAAAAAUUGCAAAAAGUAAACGCUGCUAACACUUGAGUGCGCUUGUUUUAAAUACUAACUAUUAAGUAAAAAAAAUAAGCAUCUAACAAGCGAAUAUUUAUAAUAUUUAUUAAACGCAUCCAUACAUACAGACAUGUAUGCGAAUGUUGCAAUAGCACUUAGCACACCGGCGGACCUUAAAAUGUAUAAACAACUACUUACAUACCUUAACUACUAACUAAACAUGCGCGCAUAUACAUAUGUAUUAAAUAAUAUACACAAGUAUAUGUACAUACAUAUAUUUUAUAUACAUAUGUAUAUGGAUAUGUGCAGCGAAAACCAUAUUGCUAUUAAAAAUAAGUUUUUAUUGUAUGCUAACGCGUUAAAAACAAGAGCAUAACACAAAGUAAGAGAGAAAGCUAGUCCUAAAACAACAACACAAUAAAAUUAGAGUAAAUAAAAAUGAAAAAAAAAAAUGUAAAAAUCUAUUUAUUAUUGCUAAAGAAAUUUAUUAUGGCAGACAAGUGUAGCUAAACAAAUAAAUAUGCGGCACGCAGAAGAGCUGCAAAGCUGCGAAAGUGAAAAAAUAAACAAAAUAUAAAAGAACAAAAAAAAACAAAUCUUUUAGGUUAAGUGCAGAAGCUAAUAGCAAAAUAGUUUUACAAAACGUAAAACAAGAAAUUAAUAAAUUUAAUUUAACAAAAACAAAGCAAGCAUGGCUGCGAAUAGUGUAGUGUAACAGUGGAGAGAGCAGAUAUAACGGGAUUUUGUACUAAAUGAAUGAGCAACAACACUAAAAAUACUACACACAAAUAAUAAACCAACAAUACUAGGCGCUUAUAUGCUUAUGUAUGUAAGCCAACACACGCAUAUACAGUUAGCUGCAUAUGUAAUUAAUUAAUAAUACAACAACAACAACAAGAAACAAUAAAAUAAUAUAAUUAUUCAAAAAAAAAACGGUAUUAGUAAGAACAAGCGAAGCUGCUGGUCAAGCAAUAAUGAGCGGAAGAAGUUGAUGCAACCAAAAACAACAAUAACAAGAGCAACAAAAAAUUUGUGGACCAGCAAAACCGAAAAGAGCUUUUACCGUGCAACUAAAAGCGUUACACAUACAUACAUCACAAACAACACUUAUAUACAUGUAAAUUUCAACUACACAAACAAUAAAAAAAAAUAAAAAGAAAUAAAAAAAAAAUAUUUAAGAAAUAUUGAAAAAAAUAUUUUAUAAUAAAAAUGCUGCUUAUUAUUAUAAUAUUCAUGUAACUUAUGAGAUGCGAAAAUGUAUAGAAAACUUUGUAAAACAACAACAAUUAAAAUCGUUAUUAAAGUGCGUGUCACAAGCAAAAAUUUUGUUAUUUAUUUUAUGCUGCUGUUAAUUUACUUUUAAAUACAUACAUACAUAUGUUAUACAGUUAUACGCUUGUAUAUAUACACAAAACGCAUGCACAUACACACACUAACAUACAAAUAUGUAAAUGUAGAUUAUUUAUUUUGUUAAACGCUAAAUUUUGUGUAAGUGUGUGUAUGUGCUUUGUGUCAACUUUAUUUAUUUGUAAAAUGCAACUUUUCUUUUAUUUGUUUUAAAUAUGUAUAUGUAAACAUUUUUAUUUGUUUGAAAAAUCUGAAAUGCAAAUUUAAAAAAAAUUACAACAAUUAAAACUAUUUGUUACUUGUUUUCAAUAAUUUAUUAUGUUUUAUUUAUUUUUAUAUGUGUGUUAUAGUGUGCGUAGGCGGGCAAAUUGCAGCUAAAAAUUAGAUAGUGAGUGUAUAAAAAAUUAACAAGUGAUAAAAAAAUAUAUAUUUGAUUAAAAAACUAGAAAUAUAAAAAAUAAAAUUAAUAAAAAAAUUAAAAUAAUUUCAAAAAUUAUUAAAAUAUAUGCAAAAAAAUUAAAAAAGAAUUAUUUUCAAAAUAAAAAACAAAAAAUCUUAAAACAUAAUGAACAAAUAUUUUCAAAAUACAAAAAAAAAAAUUUAACCAAUAAAAAACAAAUGUUUUCAAAGUAAAAAAAUAUAUACCAAAUGCAAAGAAAUACAACACAAAAUAUGUAUUUAUGUAUAAUAUUAUUGAUUUCUCAUACUAACAGCGUGUUGCUAGAAAUGCAUAAUGCAUAUUUAAUAAAUACAAAAUCCGAAGCGAGAACAACAACAUUAGCAAAUAAAAGUAAAAUAUAAAAUUAGUAAAAAAAA